UGAAAGAAACGGGAAGGUACAGACACGUGUUUACAAAUGGCAGAGGAGCUGCUUGAAGAAGCUGCCAUUUGAUUGGCCGCGCUAAUGAGCUGAACAUCGCCAGCUCUGAGUGGCUGUUUUGCCCGUGGAGGACGCGACCUUUCAUUGGCUAAUCGCUCCAUACCCGGAAGCUUCGGUAAACAAGAUCCACCAGAAGGUUCAUGUGUACGAACAACGCUUCGGUCAUGAACAGCCCUGCGACGAGCGACGAUUUUACGCCUGUUUUCAACGCUCCGCUGUCUUGCACUCAAACCAAACUGCUCGACAUGUUGGAAGAUGCCACAGAGCAACUGAUGCUUUUUAAAGACUUCCACGCUACCUUUCAUACCUGCGACAGAGGCCUAGAGAGCCUCGCCCACGCAGAGGAAGAGGACGUGAGUAGGGGUGAUCUUAAGUCUGGCUUUUGCAUCGUGGGGAUUCAAGCUUUGGCUGAGCUCAACCAGUGGCCCGGUGUCCUUGCUUGGGUCCUUCAGCAUUAUGAGCAUCAAGAGGAUAUACCAGCUAAAAUAAUGCAAAUGUGCAUUCUCCUCUACUCAAAAGUGGACGAGCCGGCAGUGAUGGAAGAGGCUUCCCGAGCGUGGCUGCACAGCCCGUCUAACCGCCGACUGGACGGGUAUGGCACGGUGGCUGAGCUGUAUCUGCUGCAUGUCCUCGUGCCCCUUGGACACACGGAUCAGGCCAGAGAACUGGUCGUUGGCGAGGUGGGCAGUGCCACAUUCACGGAAGAACAACGACAGACGGCGCUUGAUAUCAUAAAAGAAGAUGAGUGUGCGAAAAACGAGUCAGGUGCCAACGCAGAUUGUGGGUUAAAUGCUGAUAAUGCCUCGACGCAAGGUUCCCUUCUCCAUAAAUUGGAGGCCCUGUUGAGGCUUUCCUACAGGAGGUUGACGUCUGCCUUUUCCGGAUCCUUCCCAUUCCAUAAACUCUUCUUGGCUGCUCUCAUUUUCUACAUGCUUUUGGUACGCCUGGAUCCAGGGCUUCCGUCUUCCUUCCUGUGGAUUUCCAAACUUCAUCAGCUACUCCAACAAAUGUGGGUCGUCAUGGUGGCUCCGUAUUAUCAAGCUCGGAAAGAGUGAAUGUGGACUUUCUCGUAAUUUGAUUUGUUUUUGUCAUUCCACAUUGGCUGGCAAAAUAGAUAACUAAACUCUUACAGUAUCAAAGGGAUAUUAAAGUGGAUGCUGAUGUAUUAUGUGUAAUGGGAUUAUUUCAU